GCAGUAGCCACUUCCGUAUUUGAUAUAACCACACGUGUACAAUGUAGACCCCGACCUAGUACACGAAACGGGGGUAGUGCAAUGGACAAGAUGAAGGAUUGUGACACACUGUACUGCACGUCACAGUAGACGUGUCCAACGUUUUAGCCGAGUUGUCUUUUAAAACUCGUACAGAUGACAGUAGUCAACUAUAAGUAAUAUCCGCAUUUAAAAUGGCAACUAAUAUUAUCGAGGCUUCUAUAGCAUGUCUGGCAGUGACAGUGCUUUUCUGCGAAGUGGCAAGGCGGGUGGUAGUGAAAAUAACAUCCAAAGGGUACUAUGAAGGGUUAUUGAUGGAAAUAAUCUCGACUUUUCAGUUGUGCGCUUGCACUCACGAACUCAAACUGCUGGGCGAUUAUGGCAUCGUUGAUCAGCAAAUUGGUUUGACUCUGACUUAUGUCAUGACGGUGGUCCACCUACUUACAUUCGGAACAGCGACGUGCAAUCCCUCUGCUUCCCUGGAGCAAAUUUACCGAAGAAAAUUAGCUAUCAAAUCAGCGAUUUUGAGGAUUGCAUGUCAGUUUCUAUCAGCGGCGGUGGCAAAACUAGUUAUGCACUUCACCUGGUCUUUUGCAUUUUCUGAAUUGCAUGUGAGACACUCGCUGACUGGAUUUGACUGCAUCAGCGGGCUACACACCUCUUCAAUCUAUAAUGGAGCUGCUGUUGAAUUCUGCUGCGCUUUCGCCGUGCAGUCCGCAGUCAUCAAAAUUCAAGAAGUGAAGACAAAAUCUAAAGUUUUUUUCGUAGCUGCCGUGGUCACCUUCGUGGUGUUUGCAGGUGGUCAUCUGACUGGAGCAGUAUUUAACCCUGCCCUUGCCUUUUCCAUACAAUUUCCUUGCAGAGGAAACACUUUCCUGGAAAAUGCCACUGUCUAUGGGCUAGGCCCAAUGCUAGGUGUGAUUUCCUCGGUGUUGCUGUUUGACAAAGCCAUUCCUACGCUGGUGAGGAGAGCUGGACGAAAACCGAUCCUGAAGACAGAGUAAAGGGGGUCAGAAUGGAGUCUAUUCAGAAUCAAAACAUACAUUUCCAUCAGAAGAUUCCAAAAUACAAAACAAAAAAGCAAUUAACAAGAAAGUAGUGUUUUUUGUGGGUUUUUUUCACCUUUAGUAAUCUUUUUAAAUUUAUAUUCCUUCUUAUGCCAUUUACAUUUUGAAUUGUUUCAUUUCAGUGUCCAGUCACAGUCCUGGAGUGCCACUCCACUCCAGGUUUAACAAGGUAAAAUGGUAUAAUGCACAACUUCAGGGUCCAGGUGGAGGUUUAAUUAGUUAAUUAAACAAUUUAGAAAAGGGUUGGAACAAAGACCAGGAGUAGAAGGGCCAACUUUGGCCACCCCUGUGUUGCCUGUUUUAUAGAAUAUUAUAUGUGUUUUGAACAGUUCUCUGUUGCUAUUUCUACUCGGGUUACCAAGCUUAUAAUUAACAUCCCUUUUCAACUACAGGGACUGCUUCUGAAAAGACUCCUAAAAGCAAAAUUCCUAAAGUGGUUUUAGAAAUGGCCACUAGGGGGUGUGCAGGUUUGCUGGAAUUGAAAUGGUAGAUUUGGAGACACAACAACAGACAGUAGGGGAGUUUCCUUGUGUGGAUAUUUACACGUGAAGUGGCGGUGCACGGCUGGGAGAACAGCUCGAGAAGAUCUGGUUUGUAGCCGAAAAUAAUGGCCGCAGAGGGAUAGGGCAAAUCUCAAUCUCACACAGCAUAUGUGGAAGGUGUCUGGCUUAGAUCUGUAUACUCUGCAAUAGCUGGGUUGGACAGAUUCAUUAUAUACCUCUGGGUUAAUUAUUUUCUUUAAUUAAUAAGUAUUUUGAUAAAUUAGUUGAAAUAUUAUUCACUACCAACGAUAUGCUGCCUCACUAAUGGAUAUUUGAAAAACAAUUUGGGCAAGAGCAGUAAAACAUAUUAAACAGCCAGACACGAGGCGUUUAUCUAUUUAU